AACAAACUUGAAGUGGAGGAUUUAUUUUGUUCAUUACGACAAAUGAUGUCGAACUCUCGCGAUACGUGGAGCAGCUGAGCUCCAAGGAGGGAGCAGGGAGACUGGACAUGUCAACAAACCAAUAGUUUUUCAGCCUACAGGUUUGGUUCAAUUUUCUCUUCCUUGAUGAUGAGUUCUUCUCAACAUUUUAUCAAGGCGUGUUAGUGUGUGCUGGUGUGUAAUGGCCUGAAGGAUAACCUCACCUGGAACUACACCCACAUCCCCAUUACAAUCAUCCACCGUCUCCAUGACAACCCCUCCAAUAGUGACGCCUUUUGGCGCGCAGCCCCAGCAGCCGCCACCGCCGCCGCCACAACCUCCGGCUGCACGGGAUGUCAACACGGCCUCAUUGUGCCGCAUCGGUCAGGAGACGGUCCAAGACAUUGUCUUCAGGACCAUGGAGAUCUUCCAGCUCCUCAGGAACAUGCAGCUGCCUAAUGGAGUCACCUACCACCCUAACACCCACCAGGACCGUCUGGCCAAACUCCAGGAGCACCUUCACAUGCUCUCCGUGUUCUUCCGCAAGCUCCGCCUGGUUUACGACAAGUGCAACGACAACUGUGCUGGACUGGACCCUAUACCUCCAGAGCAACUCAUACCCUUCGUGGAAGACGACGGCUCCAAACACGACGACCGCCCCGGUGGACAGAGUCGCUCCGCGGCAGAGGACAGGAGAGAAAUCACGGAGGUCAACAAGAAGCUAAAGCUGAAGAAUCAGCAGCUGAAGCAGAUCAUGGACCAACUCCGCAACCUCAUCUGGGAGAUCAACUCCAUGCUGGCUGUCAGGAGCUGAAGCUGUCUCACACACACACACACACACACACACCACAUCACAUCUCACAGAUUCAUCCAGAUGAAUGGACAGGAUUGUUGGACGCUGUUGUUACUGGACGUGUAACAGGGCAGAACCGUCCGGCUGAGGCUGCACUUUACGGACUUUACAGACGGAGAAGGACACCUGUUUGUAAGUAAAGACGUGGGGGAGACGGGGGAGACAAAUGAGAGGAGAAGCCGUAGGCGAUGGCAGAAACCAUCCUGUCUACCUCCAUCAGGUUCAUCCCAAACUCCUGACUUUCCUUCCUGGUGUUUCAUCUGCUGUUAGGCCUCGGCUCAACAGAGAGAUAUUGAUAUAUUAUUUAAUCCUGAUUCUGUAAGAAAUCACAGGAGGAGACGAAUCUGAAGAUCGGUCUAAAAAGUUUUAUUCUAUUGAUCAGAGGAGUCUUUAUUUGAUGAUUGGUGUUCCUCUCUGACUGCAUUUGACAAGUCAAAUAAAGUCAGGUCUGCAGAGAUCUGCUGAGCUGCACCGUC